AUGAGAGCUUCCAGCGCAUCUUCGAGCUCGUCAGGCUCCGGUCGAUUCAAGACAGAGUUGGCGGCGCUUGUGCACCAGAUCCACAAGACCUCGACCAUCCACAAGAUCACAAACGACUCGGGCGUCUCGUUCUCUGGCGAGUCCUCCUCACAACCCGCACGCCAGGCAACAGGCAGCUCGAUAGCCAGCACCAUCACCCCCGAGUCGGCUCCUGAUCGAGCCUCUACCGACAAAGCCGAAGCUUCCUCCCGCGCUCAGGCGGCCUCAAGCCGACAUUUGGCCUCGGGACUUCCGUUGCUUCCUCAGCUCGAUACAGCGCUCACUUCGGAUGCCUCCGAUGUCGUCGCAUCGCCCUCCAACAUCCGACCCAACGACUCAUUCUUCUCCGACGGCCCAGCAACGCGCUCUUCAUUCUCCAUCUCCCCUUCCUCUUCCCAAGAUUUCGAGCUCAAUGACCUCUGGAACAACCUCGCAGCGCAGCUCAAACCCAUCGCCGAUGUCUUGCGCACCGGUCGUCAUCGCACCUCCCUCGGAUCGUCUCGGCUACCCGCCGACUGCGUCUCUGCUCUGCAGCUCUGGCUCCACGCAGACUCGGCCCAGCAGCCAAACCAUCAAUACCUAGAAGCCGCCAUCGAGAUCUUCCGUGUGCUUGCCAACCUAUGCAUCGACCACGACGCCAACCGCUCCAUCCUUCAAGGCGUCGGUGCCGCACCUACCGUCUUGGCGGCUGUGGAUGCUGUCCUGCGCAAACAGGACCAUUCAAGGUCAACCGCGCUUCUCUCGGUCAAGAUCCUCACCCUUCUCCGUGCGGCUAUGGGAGCCGUCCUCAACAUGCAGCUCGAACACAUCGCUACACGCCAGUCGUUGGCCAACGUGGAGUGCAUCACCACUCUUGCCUCGGUGGCUUCCCACCCGCGUAUGUACCUUCCGCACCUCUGGGCCAUGCCUCGCACAGUCGAGAUGGAGAACGAUGUGGACGUCAUCGACAAGCUUCGAAUCGGCGCCACCGUCGCCAGUUGGGCGUGGCGUGUGGUGCAGGAGAUCUUCGAUGACGCCAAAGAAGAGAAGGAGGACCAACCUGGCACGCCCUCCGAUGAGAUGCACGAUGCCGACCUCGUCGACGAUGACGAUGACGCAACAUCGCACGACGUACGAUCCAUCCUCUCGCGUCGCUGCCUGUCUGAUCUGCUCCGACCCUUGUCGCUCUACGCUCUGAGUCAGCUCGUCGACACCAAGCAAGAGGAAAGACUCGAGUUGGAAGCCGACGACGUCGAGGAUCUGGUGGACUCGGAUGCCGAGAUCCUCCAGACCGUCGCAACGCUCGUCGAAUCGUGCGCGGCCGAGGAGCCCGAGCUCCGUCAACGAGCUGUCCAACGCUUUCAGCCGGACACCGAUCGUCCGACAGCCGCUCAGCUCGAGAAAUACUUUCAGUCCGGGCUCGAUGUGCUCAUGUCGUUCGUCGAGAAGGCAGAGCUUCCUCGCGAGUGGGUUCGCGAUUUUCCCGCGUCGGGGGAUUCGGCACCGCCCAAAGAUGACGCGCUUUCCGAAGAAGAUGCUCAAGCGGCAGAAGAGAUGCGCAAGGCAUUUGCGCAGGCUAAGGCGUCCAUCGCACGUGCCGUCGUAGCCAUCUCUGGCGAUGACGCAAACAUGGUCGAGCUUUUCAAUGGCUCCUCAGGGUUCAUUGGUCGACUCCAAGCUUGGAUCCGCUACGACCCAAAGACACGCGACGAUCUUGUGAGCUGCGGGAUGCUUGCGCUCGGCAAUCUGGCGCGUAGCGAUGCGCACUGCCUAGGCCUGGUGCAGGAGCACAAUCUGGCGCCUUUCCUCGCUACGUUGCUUGCGCAGGCCGACGACGUCAAAGUUGCUCACGGGCUGGUCUCGUUGCUCAAGAAUCUGUCGAUUCCCGUCGCCAACAAGGCCGUGAUCGGUCGUCUGGACGUGAUCGACGCCGUAGUGCGCUUAAUGGGUAGAGACAAGGACAUGGUGCAACCUCUGCAGUUUGCCACCGUGGGCUUGCUCAAACAUCUUUGCGCUGGCGUCACGGAGAACGCGGUACGAUUUGUCGGGGGCGGGUCGAGCGGCUCCUCGCAUCCAUUGGCACUCAAUGCGCUCAUCGACAUGAUCCAGCGCAUCGACGACGUGCCUACCAAGAUGGAGGCGACGCGUGUGCUGGUCAAUGUGGUCAAGAGUCUCUGGACGAGCGCACCGCGAGGCGCCAGCGACGAUUCCAAGAGCUUGUCGGAGCAGGAGGUCCUCGCCGCCCGGCAAAAGUUGGUGCGUAGGGAUGUGAUUCAAGCGCUUGCCGAGAUGAUCCGCACCAGCCCAAAGUAUCCGGUGCUCGUCAACGAGGGCAUCAUCGCCCUUACGCUGGUAGGAAGCGACACGACGGGAGCCGAGCUGGUCAGCAUGUCGCUGCUGUCUCAGCCAACCAAAGCCGUCGCGAACGAGGACGACGACGAAGACAUGGACUCGGACAACGACGUGAGCGCUGCACUAGCCUCGCGAGAACCAAGGCGACGCUCUACCGUCGACAGCUCUGCUUCGACCUCAUCGCAUCCCCUGCCUCCACCGGACUGUGCACUCGACAUGGUCGACCUCGUGUUGGCCAGGAGAGACGCACGCAUGCCGCCGCAGUUUGCGAGCAAUGCGUGCGCGCUCGUGCUCAGCCUGUGCCACGCAACACGCGGAGCACACGGCAGCACGAGCACGGGAGCGGUGGGACAGGAGGCGGUGGCACGCGUCGCGGCGAGCACCCGACCUGCGCUGGAGAAACUCAAAGAUCAGGGACCGACAGAGGCGCUUGCUCCCGCAGCUGAGGCGCUCAACGCCGUGUACGAGGCUGUGAAGUGA